UCUUAUCUGGAGCUCCAGCUUUUGAAAUUUUCUUUUCUUCAUCUCCCUCUAUCUUCACCUACUUCUUUGUUUUCUGUUUCAUUCCUCCCCCAUUCACCUUUCUCAUCCCCAUACCUUUCACUUAGUAGUAUUUGCUACCAAGUGACUGUUCUGUAUUCAUCAACUGACAUCUCGUGGGCUUAAUACACUGAGGGCUGUGGGCUGUGGCAUAUUGCAAUCUACCUUGUGGGAUCUGUGGGUUACUCUCGUGGGUUUCGUAUCACAAAGUUGCGUAUUUCCUGUCCGUCUCUUGUGGGCUUGAACAUUGUCAUUGUGGGUUACCUGUGGGUAUCUGAGAAUAUUUUUUAAAUCGGGUGAUUGAGGGAUUAUACGAUUUGCCGCACAUUAGUGGGUUCGAUUGUUAAAAACUCUUUUUUACUUUAACUUCUACUUGAGAGUCUACAAUAUCUUGAUUCAAAAUGUCCAAGACUAAGUCCGUUACCAAGAAGGGUGAGAAGGCCGUUGACAAGACCUUGAGCAAGGUCAAGGACGCUGGUGUCACUAAGGCUUCCCAGUCUCCCAAGAGCAAGAGUAAGCAGAUUGCUCGUGAGGUUGCCUCCAAGGGAGACAAGUCUAAGCGCAAGAAGAAGGAGCCUACUCCCAGCAGCAGCUCCGAGUCUGACAGCGAUGAGGAGAUGGAGUCUUCCAGCUCCAGCAGUGAGAGCGAGAGCGAGGAGGAGAAGCCUGCCAAGAAGGAGGUGAAGAAGGCCGACAAGAAGGCUGCCAAGUCCUCUUCGGAAUCUUCCUCUGACUCUGACUCUGACUCUGGCUCUGGCUCUGACAGCGAUGAAGAGAUGGAAGAUGCUUCCAGCAGCGAGAGUGAGGAGGAGAAACCCGCUAAGAAGCAGAAGGCUGAGCCUAAGAAGGAAUCCAAGAAGGCGAAGGACUCUUCCUCGGAAUCUUCCGAUUCGUCGGAGUCCGAGUCUGAGGAUGAGAAGCCCGCUAAGAAGGAGGUGAAGAAGGAGGUGAAGAAGGCCGCUGAGUCUUCUGAGUCUUCCGAAUCUGAGUCUGACUCCGAGGAGGAGGCGGCUCCUAAGAAGGCUGUCAAGGAAUCUAGCGACAGCGAUUCGUCUGACUCCGAGUCUGACAGCGAAGACGAGGCUCCUAAGAAGGCUAAGAAGGAAUCUUCUGAAUCCUCCGACUCGGACUCUUCCGAUUCUUCCGAUUCCGAGUCUGAGUCCGAAGAUAGUGCCAAGGACUCCAAGAAGCGCAAGGCUGACGAGGAACCCUCUACCACCCCCAAGAAGGCCAAGACUGAAGAGCCUGCUGCCGGCGCCUCCAGCAAUCUCUUCGUUGGCAACCUCUCCUGGAACGUUGAUGAGGCCUGGCUCCAGAGUGAGUUCGAGGAGUUUGGUGAGCUCUCUGCGCGUAUCAUGACCGAGCGCGACACUGGCCGCUCUCGUGGAUUUGGUUAUGUUGAGUUCGUCAACGCCGCCGACGCCGCCAAGGCUUACGAGGCUAAGAAGGACACCGAGAUUGACGGUCGUAAGAUCAACCUUGACUAUGCUACCGGUCGUCCCGCAAACAGGGAACAGGGUGGUUUCCAGGACCGGGCUCAGGCUCGUGCCCGUUCUUUCGGUGAUCAGGCUAGCCCUGAGAGCGACACCCUCUUCGUCGGUAACAUCCCCUUCAGUGCCAAUGAGGAUUCCCUGCACGAGGUGUUCGGUGAGAAGGGAAGCAUCUUGGGCAUCCGUCUGCCGACCGAUCCUGAGUCGGGCCGUCCCAAGGGCUUCGGAUACGUCCAGUUUGCGUCGGUUGAUGAGGCCCGUAACGCCUUCAACGAGCUGAACGGUGCCGAGAUCGAUGGCCGUUCGAUCCGCCUGGAUUACAGCACUCCCCGUGCCAACAACGGCGGCGGCGGUGGUGGUGGUCGUGGCCGUGGCGGCUUCGGCAGCCGCGGUGGUGGUGGCUUUGGUGGUCGCGGCGGUGGUGGCCGUGGUGGUGGCCGCGGCCGUGGCGGC